AAACAAAAAUUACAUUGUUCGCCCAUGUGUGAAAUGGAACCCUGAUGUAAAAUAAUAACAUCUUUUGUUCGUAUUUAUAGUGCAUGUUAUCCUUCAUUGGCAAGCUCUCCACUGGUUUUUUAAGGAAGUAUUGUAGUAGAAUAAUCUCUGCAGAGUCGGAAAUGGCCGCCAAAAGCUAUCCUUUGGAACUCGAUCCUCCUCCAGAUUAUAUUGCGUCUCGUAAUGCAAUUUUUGAUCGUUUGAAAGCCGAGUACCUUGCAGAAAUUGAAGCUAAAGAGCCACGCCCUAUCAAGGUGACGCUACCUGAUGGGAAAGUAAUGGAGGGUCUGUCAUGGCGUACAACACCUUACGACAUAGCGUCUCAAAUUAGCAAAGGACUAGCUGAUAAUGCUGUCAUUUCUAAGGUUAAUGGGUCUGUUUUCGACCUGGAGCGUCCGCUUGAGGAAGACUGCACUUUGGAAUUAUUGAAAUUUGAGGACCCAGAGGCUCAGACUGUGUUUUGGCAUUCAACUGCUCACAUACUAGGAGAAGCAAUGGAGAGACACUAUGGUGGUUGUCUUUGUUAUGGCCCUCCAAUUGAGAGCGGAUUCUAUUACGACAUGUUCAUGGAAGGAAGGCAGGUUUCUCCUUAUGAUUUUGAGAAGUUGGAUACACUAAUGAAAAAGGUGACAAAGGAGAAGCAACCUUUCGAAAGACUAGAAAUGAAGAAGGAAGAUCUUUUGGAAAUGUUCAAGUAUAACAAGUUCAAGCUCCGUAUUUUGAAUGAAAAGGUGACCACGCCCACCACAACCGUGUAUAGGUGUGGCACUCUCAUUGAUCUCUGUCGUGGUCCUCAUGUCCGUCACACCGGAAAGAUCAAAGCCUCUCUCAUUACUAAGAACUCCUCCACUUAUUGGGAGGGUAGAGCUGAUGCCGAGGGUCUCCAAAGGAUUUAUGGGAUAUCGUUUCCCGAUAGCAAGCAGUUGAAAGAGUGGAAGACACUGCAGGAGGAAGCUGCAAAAAGAGAUCACAGAAAAAUUGGACGAGAUAAAGAGCUGUUUUUCUUUCAUGAGCUAAGUCCUGGCAGUUGCUUUUUCUUGCCCAGAGGAGCCCAUAUCUAUAAUACACUCAUUGAAUUUAUCAAGUCGGAGUACAGAAAGAGAGGAUUUCAAGAGGUCAUGUCUCCUAAUAUAUACAACAGCAAGCUAUGGGUCACUUCUGGACACUGGCAGCAUUAUGCUGAGAACAUGUUCCAGUUUGAUAUUGAAAAAGAACGAUUCGCAUUGAAACCAAUGAACUGCCCAGGACACUGUUUGAUGUUCAGCCAUCGCCAACGGUCCUGGAGAGAACUCCCCCUGAGGUUUGCCGAUUUUGGCGUUCUUCAUCGGAACGAGCUCACUGGUGCUCUCUCAGGGCUCACUCGUGUGCGAAGGUUCCAACAAGACGAUGCACAUAUCUUCUGCACCUUUGAACAAAUAUCAUCAGAGAUAAAUGGCUGUCUUGAUUUUCUUAAAAGCGUUUAUGGUAUUUUCGGUUUCACGUACAACCUUUUCCUCUCCACAAGACCAAAGGACUUUAUGGGAGAGCCAGCACUGUGGGACAAAGCUGAAAAGCAACUAGAAGAAUCUUUAAAUUCUUUUAAUGUCCCUUGGAAGCUUAAUCCUGGAGAUGGAGCAUUUUAUGGACCAAAGGUACUCUACAGUACACAUUCACAUUCACAGCUAUUCAAUGUACUAAAUUUAAUAUCAAGCCUUCAAGAUGCCAUGUACAAAUGCACAUACACACGUACAUGUACAUGUAUAUGUAGGUACUAAGGCUUUAUGU